GCUGCCGCUCCCGGUGCCGGGGGGGCGGCGGAGCGCGGCAUGGGAGCGCCGUGGGGGCGGCAGGCGCUGCGGGCCGGGCUGGCGCUGGGAGCGCUGGCGCUGGUGCUGCAGGCGCUGCGGGGAUGGCUGGCGGCCAAGCGGUACGAGUUCACCCCCGCCGAGAUCGCACAGCUCGCCCGGCACCACGCGGGGCUGGACCAUGAGCUGGCUUUCUCCAAGAUCAUUGUGGAGCUACGAAAGAAGCACCCAGGCCACAUCCUGCCAGAUGAGGACCUGCAGUGGGUGUUUGUGAAUGCAGGGGGGUGGAUGGGCUCCAUGUGCCUGCUCCACGCCUCACUCACCGAGUACGUGCUGCUCUUCGGGACAGCUGUUGACACUGGGGGCCACUCAGGUCGGUACUGGGCAGAUAUUUCUGACACUGUCAUCUCGGGGACAUUCCGGCAGUGGAAGGAGGGGACCACCAGAAGUGAGAUCUACUAUCCAGGAGACACCAUCGUGCACCAGGCGGGAGAGGCCACGUCAGUGCAGUGGAGCGCGGGCACCUGGAUGGUGGAGUACGGCCGGGGCUUCAUCCCCUCCACACUCGCCUUCGCCCUGGCUGACACCCUCUUCAGCACUCAGGACUUUGUCACCCUCUUCUACACCUUGCGUGUCUACGCCAAGGGCCUGCUCCUGGAAGCCAAUGCCUUCUUCAGCACCUUUGGAUGCUGAGCCUGUCUUGCCAGGGCACCCUGCCGAGCCCAGUUGGCUCCACUCCUCCCAGCCUUUCUCUCUUCCUCCCCAAGCCCAGGCUCUAGCAGAGGCAGCAGGAGAUCCCCUGUGCCUUCCCCAAAUCUCUCUGUCCUUCCCCACGGGCCAAUGGGGUGCCAGGACAGAGGGACCUUGGUGGUCACAGCAUCACAGACCGCCAGUUCUCUUUACUACCUGCCUCUCCCUCCUUUCUAUCGGAGUCAUGUCCAGCUUUUCCAUCCCUCGGCGCUGGAGUGUACAAACACCCCUGUGUGCCCUCAGCAUGCAGCGGGAGAGGAGCUGGCUGUCCCCAGGCCCCAUAAAAUUUCUGCAGCUCUUGACACAUCAGGAGAAGGAUGCUGCCCUCAGGGCUGGGUGCACAGGGUGAGCCAGGCUAGAGCACCCACUGUAAAGGUCAGCCAGUUAAGUGCCCAGUCUCCCUGGCAGCCUGCCGGGACUGCGGGCAGCGCAAAGCACUGUGUCCAGCUGGCAGCAUCUCCUGUGGCUCCACCCCUGCUGAUCUGGGUUGGCAGCACAUUGCGUCACCCUGGCACGGGGCAGGAUCUGCACUGAGACCCCCCCCAGCAGCGGGGGGAUGCCAAGCUUCUGUGCUGGAGAUCCCCCUGAUCCCCUGUGCGUCAUCUCACCCAGGGGAUGGGCUGGGGCUGGAAGAGGGUCCCUUUCCCACAGUCCCCUCCCUGCAGUGCCCCCCCAAGGGGGAAACCCACCGUCUGUCGCCUUAACGGAGACCCUGUUCUGCAUGGCCUCUUGGCUAUGCGCGUACCUAGUGUCCUCGAGUGCCCAAAUGUCUGUUUUACUAGCUCAGGAUGGGAUCUCGGCCUUUAAGAUGCUUCCCCUGGCUGUGAGAUCCCGUGGGGACAGCCACUCUGCUCGGCUCCCGGCAUGGGAUCCCGGCUGCCGGCGGAGCGCUGCAAUGUCCCCAGUGGAACCCAGCUGUGGACCCUGCUUGCAUCCCUGUGGCCAGACCCAUGUGGGCUCACUGCAUGGUGGAGGACUUUAACCUCCACGCUGCUGCCAAGCACGUGUGUGUCCUUGGCCACCCAGGCCUGUAGCAUGUUGCUCCUCCUCCUCUGUGGACUGUCCCUGUCUGCUGACCAGCAGCCCUGCACAUGGGCUACUUCUUAAUUUGCUACCUGAAUAGAGAUACCAGUAAUAAAGUUGUUCAUCCCACAU